CCUCUCACUCUCCUUUUCCUUCACAACACUCUUCAGCUUUCCAAAUUAGAAGUGAGAGCAUCACAAAGAAACAUGGAGUCAGUUCAAUCAUGGGUUUCAGAGCACAAGCUCACCAGCAUUGGGGCACUCUGGGCCUCUGGGAUUGGAGCAACACUUCUAGCUUAUUCACGCACUAAGUCUCCAAUGAAGCCAAGUCUAAGGCUCAUCCAUGCUAGGAUGCAUGCACAGGCACUAACUCUAGCAGUGCUAUCAGGAGCAGCUGCUUAUCAUUAUUAUGAGAAUCGUUCUGUUCUGCCAAAUCGAGCAGCAGAUAGUCCUGCUCUGAAUGUCACCCAGCUUGUUGAAUGGGAGCUUCAAAGUCCUUUUUAAAUAAAUAAAAAAGGAACUAUAAUGAGGAUUCUGUUAUUAAAAUGAGUAGAGGGAAUCUCUAUGAUUAUAUCAUCUUGUAAUUGCUUUUUAUGUACGUAUUCCUCUUUGUCUUUAUGUAUGAUCUGCGUUCGGAAGGAAGACUCAAUUACCAGA